AUGGACGAGAGCUCGUCGUCGAAGGAAAACAGGAUCGCAAAGAUGAGCACAACUCUAUGCAGAGGCUGGACUUUUAGGUCUUUCGUCCGCAAAUGGACGAUUCCGGAUGAUGUCAAUUUGGAUGCAAUCUAUUCGAAUCUUAAUGUGAAGGGACAUUUAUCAGUCGAAGCCCCGAAAAAGGCAGCAGAGAUUCCACAGAGAAGGAACGAUCCCUAUAAUGCCCAGCAGCAUUUCUAA